AACAUUCUUAUCAGCCUGCAUUAGUCAGAGCUGAUGACAGGCUCGAACAACAGUGAGUCAGAUGGAGAAUCACACAGGUUUCCAUGCUUCUUUAGAGCAACUAUUGCGAGGUCUCGUUGAACAGCAAAUGCUUCUCACAUCUGCGAUUCAUGAUUUCGUCGUGGCAUCCAAUGCGGGGCAUCUCUUGUCGUUGUCUCUACCUCCUUACAAUGAGAUGGCGGAAGAAUGGUCUGAUUCCGAAAAACAUCUUCGACAGCACUACUUGGCAUUUCAUGUUGCGGAUGACCAAACAUAUGAAGAAAGUGAUUUAAGAACAAGAGGCAACAAAACAGCACUUUGUACAAGGGUGCAUUUUUUUAUGAAGAUUACUGAGCUGGUGUUUGCAUGCUUGGCUGCUGGGUUGCUGUCUGAAGCAGAGGAUAUAACAAACACCAUACUGAAAACAGAAAUAGUACAUGGAACAACAAUUGGUUUUAUUAUGAUCAAUGGACUCAUAGUUUUUGCUGAACUUACACAGCCAAUAGGCAAAGCACCGAUGGUACUGUCAUCAGUAUUUGGUUGCAUUAUGUUCAUCACUUCUGGAGUGUGUCUGCUACAAGUGAGGAAGACUAUUGGUGCUGUGUGUGCAGGAAUAAUCUCAAUACUAGAAGGUGUACUCUUCUUCAGUGAUAUUUUUGUUGUCUGGUGCUAUAGAGAGGAUGUCAAGAUACAAUGGUCACGCCAGAGCUUGCGUUCCAGAGCUGUAUUUGUCUAGAUGGUCAUGAAAAUCAACCAAAAGUUCUUCUACAUGGACUGUCUCACAUCACUGUUAAUGCUACUUCACUUAGUACAUUCAUUUUAUCUGAAUAUGCCAUACCCGCCAAAAACUGAAGGAGAGCAAUAAGUGCUGAAGCUGACUGUGUUCUUCCAAAUAUUCCAAUUUGAUUGACUGAAGCUCUGAAGGAGUCAUCACAGUUGUAAUAUUUAUAUGACACAGAACAAGAUUCUAUUCUGAUAACUUUGUAAUACAGUGCUGGUCAUGGACCCUCAAGACACAUUAACGAAUUUAUGCAAGCAAUACAUAUAUCUGCAGGAUUAAAGGUACUCUACAGGAGGAAAGCAGGUAAUAUGUAAAUAUAACUUAUUAAUGUAUUAUUUACAGUGGAAAGUUGAAGAGCUGUGAGUUCAUAAUUUAUUUUGUUAUAUUUAUUGUGAAUAAAAUGCAUAAAUAUGCAAUAUGGUAAUUUAUUGUGUAAGUUUGAGUAGCUGUGUUCUCAUCAUUUUUUAAGAAUUACACCUAAUAGCGAAAUCUUAUGUUUUCAUUUGUGAUUAUUUAUAUGUAUGCCCCAACUCGAUUUCCAUAAUUAAUGUGUAAAACCAUUGAAGGGUAAGUAAGUUUCUGUUUUCUUACAAUAUGCUCAUGAUUAAAUCUAUUGCUGCACCUGAGAACUCCUUAUUCAUUGGGGUUGAAAAAUGAAUAAAUGUGCUUACACAACAAGGAAACGUUGUGCUAAAUUCCAAUAUUCCAUCAAUAAAUGUAUUUUUCUCUUUAUGUAGGAUGUAAGGACAGUAUUCCUGUAGUCUAUGCCUGUAAAACUUAUUUUGCAGC